GAUUAACUCGAUCAGUUUCUGAAUAACAAUGAACAUGAUUCGGGUAGAGAUAUAGAGGAAAGAACUGGCUUUAACGAGUGUACAUCUAAAUUUCUAGUGAUAGAGCUUCCAUUUUGAUCUUUGCAUGGGUUACAGCGUUGUCACAAUUUGUGAUGAAAUUAUGGCGCAGUUAAAUUUGAUAUACCGUCAUAAAAAGAGGUUGAAACAGUGAUUAUGCGUUAUAGUAACUAACAACGCUGUUUGUUGUUACAGCUGAUUUAUUUCAUUUGGUGUCACAGACCCAAUACCUCCUGUUUGGUGUUGAUUAUCUUUUGAGGCAACGUGCUCGUGUUUUUAGAGACUUUGAGAUGAUGUGUUUCAUCUAUGUUUGGUAAUAGAUUAAGAAUUAUCAGUUUAUAAGUGACACAGCACGAUGUAGUUUUCAUUUUCCGUUUUGUCAGUGGUAACGAUGUCUUGUGCAGUGAAAACGUGUAAAAACAUUAAAAGGUUUAAACCUGAAGGUAUUUCCUUUCACCAUUUUCCCAGAAAUGUCGAAAGAUUAAAGCAUUGGUUGCAUAUUCUUAAUAUAAGUCCAACUGAACCCAUUGAUAUACAGCAGUGGCGUAACAAAUUUGUUUGUUCAGUUCAUUUUAGAAGUUGUGAUUAUAUACAAACAACUUACAAUAAAAAAGUAUUGAAAGAAGAUGCGUUUCCGUCCCAGUAUAUACUUGGUAAACCUUACGCUGUUAAAUCGACAAAUAAGGAAAUUGCUGAUAAUGCCUGCAUAAGUUCCUCAUUUAUAACCCAUGCUUCUCAAAGUAGCCAAACAAUGGAUACCCAGAGCCCAAAAGCUGGUACUGUACAACGGAAUAGGGAACUUAUUCAAUCUAUUGACAGCUUUAGCAUUUCACCUAGAACUAUAAAAACAAAAACCGAUCAAGUUAGACAGCAGCAAAUGGCAUACCAAAAGCAACUUAAUGCUGCUAGACAAUGCAUAAAUGUCUUAAAAACGCAAGAAAAACAAAUCAAGAAAAUGGUUUUGCUUGGUAGACUCUCCACUGAUUUUAGUUCAGAUGUAAAAGAUGAAAUUGAAAUAGAUGAACAUGAAUUAAAUGAACAGCUGUAUGAAAUCGACAUUUGUGAUGUGAAAGAAGAAGUUGAAAUUGUUGAGCAUAAAUUGAAAGCAGAGCCGCAUGAAUUCAAAGAAAUAGAUGAUGUUAUAUCUCUUCCAGAUGGAUUUGUUACAGGUGGCCAAAUGUGUUAUUGUUCUAACUCUUGUGGACCUCUCGUACAUUAUUAGACAGCUUAAAUAUAAUACUAAUACAGAAAAAAAGCGGAUGAGUUUAUCAGUAACCGAAAUCGUAUGCGAAUGUGCCAGGCAGCCAUUUUAUAACCGUUUCCCUAAAGCAAAAAGGAACUAAAGAAAGAGAUGUGCAUAUCGAAAUUGUCCUACCUGAAUGGAUGAAUAUACCAGUCUCUUUGUUUUUCAAAAUGACCCAGAAAGGCAAGAAUAUUGAAAAAUAUUUGGCUUGAUUGUAGAUUACUAUCGGUAAAUUUGGAAUAUGUGAUUUAUUUUGAUAAUUUUUAAUGUAGUUAUUUUAGUAAUAAAAAACUCGAAAAUAUAAAAUUACUGUAUUUUUUUUAUAUUUAUUGUCGCAUCAACUUCAAAGGUUAUUAGCGACAUGUCAGCUGUUUACAAUUUAUGAUACAGUUGAGUGUCUUAGAUAUUUGAUUAAGCCUGUAGUAUUACAAUUAUUGUUCAGCAGAGCGACCAUGUUGUUUGGGAAGUUGUUAGUCUUUCGUUUUUAUACUCUUAUACUUAUACAGUUCAACAAUAAGCGUUUCACGUUUAGAUUCUCGUUACAAGUGUCACUCUGGUGUGCCCCAACCUUAAACGAUCGAUUUUUAUUUGCUCCGUACGAUUUUUAAAACUGGUUUUCGACUGCGAUCUGUUCCACUCACUUUGCCACUGACACUGCACUUUUGUUUAUUGUCCCUUUGCAGUCGUUUGCUAUCGCUUCGCGUACAAUUGUUGCGUCGUUGUUAUCUGCUGCUUCGUUGGCACAUUUGUCUGCUUUUUCGUUUCCUGGGUGUGUGAUGGGAGCCAGAUAAUUGAUACGUUUUCUUGGUUGGGGGAUAAGGUGUAGUGGGGUUUUAAUGAGGAUACCUAUUGGGUGUUUGAGAAAGAGUUGUUGAAUGGUUUGUAUCGA